AUGUCUCUACUUCCAAAUGUGGGGAUGGAAAUGGAGCACUCAUCCCAUACAGAGAGAGAUGAUGAUGACUCCAAUUCCUCCACACACAGUGACAGUGAUACUGAACACCCCGCUGUCACCACGCUGGAUGAGGUCUACAGUAUUACUGAAGAACUACAGCGACAGGAUGAGUGGAAGCACCAUAUAGAAGAACAACAGCGACAAGAACAAGAAGAGAUUAUGCGCCUCCGCCGUGAGGAACUGAAGGCACGCGCGGCAUCCGUACAGCAACGACUCCAUAGCACACGAGAACCCAUAGACGAGUUGGACGAAAAUACUUCCGGGACCACUAGUCUUAAGGUACAGCAUCCAACCCCAUUCGAUGAGGAUAAGGUUUUGCGAAUUAACAAGAAAUAUGCUGUCAAUCCCUGGUACACACGAGCUUGGCAUUCUGUGUAUAAUACUACCCGAUUCCUACUUGUAUCUUUAUCAUAUACCCCUGGGAUAGACCCGAACGAGGUCCACGCGCCGCGUGAGUACUACCAACGUGAAGAGUACGAAUAA